CUGCCUGCGAUGACUACAGAUUGGCAAAUAGCCGGGAGGGCGUGGACGUCAUCGACACAGACCCAGCGGAGAUGUGCAACAGCAGCUACUUAACAAAGUCUGACAACUCCUCUUCCUGUUUUAGAGGAGCAUCCUGGAAAACAGUGAAAUUAAAGUGUCUUCCGUGUUAUAGUCUUGCUGCCCGUCCGUCAAUGGAUCCAGCGGCAUCCUACACGGGGGAUCUGGACUUUGAUCUCGACGUUGGAAUGACUCUGAAGCUCAAUGUAUCAGGAAGUGAAACAAUAUUCAACCAUGUGUGGCUGAUACUUCCCAAUCAAGACGUUGUCUAUCUGUUGUCGUUGAGGUGGGACUAUCCCAACAUUGGACUCUAUACAAUUAUCUUCAACACUCGUCAAGGAAACGCAUGGGGUGCUGAGUUUCGGACCGACUUUACCCCAAACAGUUCGGACAACUAUGUGAUUGGGAUAUCCAUAACAGAGACAUCUUUCCUGACGUACGUCGAUGGAACGUUGUGGAUGACUAACCCAAUCCGCAUUCCUCUCAGCGGUGUCCGACGUAUCGACUUUGAUGGAUUCACUGCAGUCAAUGAAUUCAACAUCGGGAAGGGAAUGUGUUGA